GUUAUUAAUAAUGGUAGCUGCUUGGUCCCCUUGCUGUUUAAAUGAAGUGCCUUUGCUGGUUUGGGACUUAUUGCCACACAAGUUGAUGUUUUGGAGAGUGACUAUAAUUUUAGCAACAGGCAAAUGUCACGCCCAAGGCAGGAUCUGGACAUUUGCUUCUGCUGCGAAAGGAUUAGCAAACAAACAACAUGAACUUUGCUUCCUGGUCUGGCUGAGCUGAGUGCCCUUGAAGUAGGGUGCCUGCCUGAGGGCGGGGCAUUCCACCGGUCAGUCCAAGGGACAGGAGUGGCAGGAUUAGCUGACAGUGCUUUCUGGAGUGGCCGUCAACCAUUUCUGUGCUGGUAAUUGGGUCUGCUUUUUAAGUCAUACAGAACACUCGAAACAAGUGAUGCAGACGGUAUAUCGUUUUAACUAUUCCUUGUAAUCGUGCUCUUGUUUUCUUUGGUGAGGUAGGGAGACAGAGGGUUUGCAGUCGAGCCCCAGCUGGCUGCUUUCUGUAUGAACUUGAGCAGAUCGUUUCACCUCUAGACCCUGUUUUCCUCAUCUGUAAAAUGGGAGCAAGAACUUCACAACCUCUGUCUUGCCUGAGUUGAGAGCAUUGAUGUCGCCAUGGGGGCAGAUUCUGUCACACAAGGGAACACCCGCUUUCAAAUCAGACAGGACUGGAUUUUGAUUCCUUACUGCACUUUGAAGUUGUGUGACCUUAUUGAGCUCUUGAGCCCAGUGGGCCUCUAGGCACGAUGUCCCUGCCCAUCGGGAUGUACCGUCGGGCUUUCAGCUAUGAUGACGCCCUGGAGGACCCCACGCCCAUGACCCCUCCUCCGUCGGACGUGGGCAAUGUCCCCUGGAGGCCCGUGAUCCCAGAGCGCAAGUAUCAGCACCUCGCCAAGGUGGAGGAAGGAGAGGCCAGUGUCUCCUCCCCGGCCAUGACCCUGUCAUCGGCCAUUGACAGUACGGACAAGGUCCCUGUGGUGAAGGCUAAAGCUACCCAUGUCAUCAUGAAUUCUCUGAUCACAAGACAGACCCAGGAGAGCAUUCAACGUUUUGAGCAGCAGGCGGGGCUGAGAGGUUCCGGCUACACACCCCACAGGGGCCUCACCACCGAGGAGACCAAGUACCUUCGAGUAGCAGAAGCACUCCACACACUGAAACUCCAGACUGGAGAGGUAACGAGAGAGGAGAAGCUGUCGGCCUCAGCCCAGUCCACGCCGAGCUGCAGCCCCCACUCUUCCCCUAAGCAGAAGCCCAGAGGCUGGUUCUCUUCUGGCUCGUCCACAGCCUUACCUGGCCCUCAUUUUAGCACCAUGGAUUCUGGAAGCGGAGAUAAAGACAGAAACUCGGCAGAUAGAUGGAGCCUCUUUGGACCAAGAACCCUGCAGAAGUCUGAUUCAGGCGGUUUUGCCACCCAGGCCUACAAAGGAGCCCAGAAGCCUUCUCCAAUGGACCUGAUCCGUGCACAGGCCACCCGAAUGGCCGAAGGUCCAUCAACCUUCCAGCCACCCAAGAUGGACCUCCCAGUGAUUGAAGGGAAGAAACAACCGCCACGGACCCAUAAUCUCAAACCCCGUGACUUGAAUGUGCUCACACCCACCGGCUUCUAGAGCUUUCUCUUCCAGGGACUCUGGAUCAGUGGCUGUCUUGCACCCGCUUCCCUUUCACCUUGGCUCUGACAUAGGAAAGGUUUUGGUUUUCUUUCUGUUGUUUUUUUCAGAACCUCUUAAUCCGAGGCUAGAGAUGGAGACAUAAUUGGUUUUUGAGAAACAUUAGUGCAAAGCUUGUCCUUGUGGAAGAAGCCAUUGUAUAUUGCUUUAAUUUAAAGUUAGACUCAAUAAUCGCAGCAGCGACGUAGGGGCCUCAUUACUAUUUCGGUAUCAUUUAGCCUAGACCAGGUCUGUGAUCACUGCUUACUAGGUAACUAGUGUUUGUGUUGUUCCCAGCCGAGGCCACUUGAUUCCUUGACCACAUCAGCGUGAGCCCGCACAGGUCGCGGACAGAGGUGCUCACUGGCCUGGCCGUCCUCGGCCCUCUCGACAGGGCUGUGCUUGCGCGCCAGCCUUGUCAGUUACAGGGACCUGCGACCUGUUCGCCAUCUGAGCAUGGUUCAAAGCCAGACUUGGCAGGGAGCCGCUUCCCUGCCUCCUGGCACUGCCUCCAGGCCUGCUGCGGGAGCAGUCACGGGUCAGAACAAACAAGCCCUGGUAUCCUCUGUUGCACUUUUAAAGUGAGGUUAAUUUAACUCCAGUUUGGUUGAAAACUUUCAAAGGCAGAAAGUUCAGCCUGCUGGUUUGGUCUCCAUAAAUGGAUGUUAAGCUCUUUUACACAGAAGGUGGGAAUGAGGCUAGUGAUUGUCUUGAGGGUCGUGUGAGUGAAGCCUGUGUUACUCGUUCUGAUUUCCUUGUUCGGGCCUGAGAGGUGGGAGAAGGAGAAAACUUCUAUAUGCAAUCUUUGCCCCCAAAUGAGUCUCACAUCUGUAUACACACAGAGCUUCCGGAGGAAAGGCACCGGGGGACGCACCUGUCCUCUCCUCCCUGUGGACGUGCUGUCAUUGUCACGAAUAGUCUCCAGUCCCCUGUUUGCUUUGGACAGGAUCGUGUCUGCAUAGUGGAGCUGGCCUUUCCAUAGGGAGGCCUGCAGCCUCCAAGGAUCAGAACAAUUAAUUUAUUUGUCUUCUGUGAUGCUGGUAUCUCUUACUUGUUUUGACAAUAAAAAUCCAUACCACUUUCUCAAA